AAGUACCUUUCCGCGACUGCAUACGCCCCACAACCUCGAACAUUCCAUCAAAGCCAUACAAAUCGCCGUAUCUUCCCCGUGGAAUUGAUUCUUCGACAUUGCAUCUGCAGACCAUGAUAGGAAGAGAGUAAAGCGGUCCACCGAAGAAGGAGAGGCAGACGUUACCGAAACGGCCUGGAGAUCGAACCAUCCCUCUACAAUACCACAAUACACCAUGGACGACGCAUACUCGCGAUCUACCGCCGAGGUGCUCAAGCACUUCCAAGUCACUGAGCAGAGCGGCCUCUCCGAGAGCGCCGUGGAGGCAUCGAGGCAAAAGCACGGCAAGAAUGCCAUCCCAGAAGAUCCUCCAACGCCACUUUGGGAGCUCGUCCUGGAACAAUUCAAAGAUCAACUCGUACUGAUCCUCCUCGGUUCCGCCGCCAUCUCAUUCGUCCUCGCGCUUUUCGAAGACGAGGAAGGCUGGACCGCAUUCGUCGAUCCCGCAGUCAUCCUCACGAUCCUCAUCCUCAACGCCGUCGUAGGUGUGAGCCAAGAAAGCUCGGCGGAGAAGGCCAUUGCGGCUUUGCAAGAGUAUAGCGCCAACACAGCCAAGGUCAUUCGCGAUGGAAAGAUCAAGUCGGUCAAGGCGGAAGAUUUGGUACCCGGCGAUGUGGUCGAUGUGGCGGUGGGAAACCAGGUACCAGCCGACUGCAGGCUGUUGAGCAUCAACAGCAACAGCUUUCGCGUGGAUCAAAGCAUUUUGACGGGAGAAAGCGAAAGCGUGAUAAAAGAGACCUAUGCUGUGAAGGACACCCAGGCUGUCAAGCAGGAUCAGGUCAACAUGCUCUUCUCCGGAACGACUGUCGUUACUGGUCAUGCCCAUGCGAUUGUCGUAUUGACCGGAACGAACACCGCUAUCGGUGACAUUCACGAGAGCAUCACCUCGCAGAUUUCGCAGCCAACACCACUCAAGGAGAAGCUGAACGAAUUUGGCGAUGUCCUCGCUAAAGUCAUCUCUGGAAUCUGCAUCUUGGUCUGGUUGAUCAAUAUUCAGCAUUUCAACGAUCCUUCUUUUGGCGGUUCUUGGACCAAGGGCGCCAUCUACUACCUCAAGAUCGCGGUCUCUCUCGGAGUGGCUGCCAUCCCAGAAGGUCUUGCUGUUGUCAUUACGACCUGUCUCGCACUGGGAACUCGCACCAUGGCUAAGAAGAACGCCAUCGUGCGCAGUCUGCCCUCCGUGGAGACUCUCGGCAGCUGCAGUGUCAUCUGCUCCGACAAAACUGGUACUCUCACCACCAACCAGAUGAGUGUGAACAGUAUUGCAUACAUCAACGAAGCUCAGUCAGGACUGGAAGAGAUGCAGGUCGAAGGCACCAGCUUCUCGCCGGAUGGCGCAGUGUCCAGAAAUGGCAAAGUCAUCGAGUGGGCCGCUGCGACCUCAAAGACAAUUGCGCAAAUGAUGGAAGUCGCUGCGAUUUGCUGCGAUGCCGAAUUGUCCUACGACAGCGAGACAAAUCUCUUUACCAGCAUCGGCGAGCCGACCGAGGGUGCAUUGAAGGUCCUCGCGGAAAAGAUCGGCACGCCCGACCAGUCUUACAAUUCUCAAAAGGCCAAGGCCCGUCCCCAGGAGAAACGCGAUCUGGCCAGCAGGUACUAUCACAGCAAGGCAAACAAGUUGAGGACCUAUGAGUUCUCCCGCGAUCGGAAGAGCAUGUCCGUGCUUGUGAACGGCGGCAACACCCAACGACUACUUGUCAAAGGUGCCCCGGAAUCGAUCCUCGAGCGAUGCAGCCACUGCCUGGUCGGCAGCGAUGGCAAGCAGGCUAAGCUCUCGGAUAAACUCGCGUCGGCCGUGCAAAAAGAGAUCACUGACCUUGCGAAGAAAGGACUUCGUGUCAUUGCUCUCGCCAGCAUCAGCAAUGUCACUGGAGAUGUUCAGAACGCCAAGACUUCUAAAGACUAUCUCCAGCUCGAACAGAACAUGACCCUCCUCGGUCUGGUUGGCAUGCUGGAUCCACCUCGCCCUGAGGUCGCCGGUGCUAUCAAGAAGUGCCGUUCUGCCGGCAUUCGCGUUGUUGUCAUUACUGGCGACAACCAGAACACUGCCGAGACCAUCUGCCGUCAGAUUGGGGUCUUUGGCCAGAACGAGGAUCUCACAGGCAAGAGCUACACCGGACGGGAGUUUGAUAACCUCAGCGAAAGUGAGAAGCUCCAGGCUGCGAAACGGGCUUCUCUCUUCUCUCGCACCGAGCCUUCCCACAAGUCUAAACUUGUCGACCUUCUACAGUCUGCUGGUGAAGUCGUCGCCAUGACAGGUGAUGGCGUCAACGAUGCUCCGGCAUUGAAGAAGAGUGACAUCGGUGUGGCCAUGGGAACCGGUACCGAUGUUGCAAAGCUCGCCGCCGACAUGGUCCUUGCCGAUGACAACUUCGCCACCAUUGAGGUCGCCGUCGAGGAAGGUCGCUCCAUCUACAACAACACCCAGCAAUUUAUCCGCUAUCUCAUCUCUUCGAACAUUGGAGAGGUCGUCUCCAUCUUCCUCACUGCGGCGCUCGGCAUGCCUGAGGCUCUGAUUCCGGUCCAGCUUCUGUGGGUGAACCUGGUUACCGAUGGUCUUCCCGCCACGGCUUUGUCUUUCAACCCCAAGGAUAACGACAUCAUGAAGCGCCCACCCCGCCGCCGUGACGAGCCACUGAUUAGCGGGUGGUUGUUCUUUCGUUACAUGGUCAUCGGCACUUACGUCGGUCUGGCAACUGUUGGAGGGUACGCAUGGUGGUUUAUGUUCUAUGAGCACGGCCCUCAGAUCACUUUUUACCAACUGAGCCACUUCCACCGCUGCUCUACAUCAUUCCCACUCAUCUCCGGCGGCUGCAGCAUUUUCUCGGACAAUUCUGCUCGCACAGCUUCAACCAUCUCGCUCUCCAUUCUGGUCGUGAUUGAAAUGCUCAACGCUAUGAACGCAUUGUCGUCCUCGGAAUCUCUGCUAACCCUCCCACUUUGGCGCAAUAUGAUCCUGGUUUAUGCCAUCACUCUCAGUAUGGCUCUUCACUUUGCUCUUCUAUACACCCCAAUCUUGCAGGGCAUCUUCGGUAUCGUGCCGCUUGGAUGGGACGAGUGGAAGAUUGUGCUGGCAUGGAGCGCGCCGAUCAUCCUUAUUGAUGAGGUGCUGAAAGGCAUGGAGAGGGCUUUCUUUAUGGAGACGACCGAGGGCAACCAAGAGCAGGCUAGGAGGAGCAAGAAAUCGGAGUAGAGCUUCUUUUCAUUUUUGGCUGUCGGGAUGGCCAUGUCAAUACAGGUUGUAGAUCUAGAUUGCUGUACCAGACGUCAGACAG